UCCUUGGGUCUGCUCGUCUGUUGCGUGCUCCCCUCUUUUGGAGGCAGUUUGGAGGACCCGCGCGUUGAGCCGGAGUGCCCUCAGGCCGCAUGGAGGCUGCUCAGUCGGCCCCCCGAGUGAACAAAGAUGGAACAAAAGACGACAUAUUGCAACAUGACAACUUCUUCCGUGGAGAAACUGAAAUCCACGUUGAAUCAGAGUCUGCUCUUGGUUAUGAAGGUGAUGGAGAAGGAGAGACAAAAGAUUAUGAAGAAGAAAGUAACGAACAGAAGUAUAUAUUUGGAGAAGAUGAUGUGAACAACAAUCAGAUUGAAUAUAAAACUGGUGUUCAAGAGUGGCCAGAUGGUUCCAGCUAUAAAGGAGAAUUUGCAUUUGAUCUAAAACUUGGGUAUGGAGAAUUUGAUUGGGACAAUGGAGAGAGAUAUGUAGGGCAGUUUUAUAAAGACCAUCGUCAUGGCAAAGGGGUUUACUUUUGGCCUGAUGGCUCAAAAUUUUCAGGGUCAUUUUACCUUAGUCGUAAAGAAGGCUAUGGGAUCAUGGAAUUUAAUGAUGGAAAAAGAUUUCAGGGUCUUUAUAGGACUGAUGAACGCUUUGGACCCGGGAUUGAAACCUACCCAGAUGAUAUUCAAGAUGUUGGCUUGUGGCAUCGAAGUCACCUAAUUAAACUGUGCACAGAAAUACCUAGUUAUUUUACACUGUCAGCUUUCCCAGAACUCAGCAUUUAUUAUGAUGCCGAGUCUAGUAGGGAAUAUAUUUCGGAUGACCGAGGUAAAUUUUGGGAUCUGAAUGAGGAAAAGGACCCAUUUUUCUACCACUUUAAGCAUCUUCUUUUAAAUGAUGACAGCUACACUUUGCCUGAAGACAUGUACAUAUACUCAAUUGAUGCAGAACACCUUCCACUUACUCACACCUUCCUCAACGAGUUUGAUUUUCAGUAUUUUAAGAAAAGAAAAUGGUUGGCUUAUGAAAACCGUUGGCCCAUCACCAAUAUAACUCCUUUUCUUAUCAAGAUGCAGAAACACAUCUAUAAAUAUAGGCAUUGUCAGAAAGAUGUAGACUGGGAUGUUAAUCUUGUUCUGGAAGGCCAACGGAGUGGUUUUGGAGAGAAAGGACCUAAAGAGUGUGCUUCUGAGGAAUUGAUUGAGAAAUCGGAAGAAGGAGACUAUAAUAGAGUUUAUGAGAUUCUGAGGGACAGCCUGGCCCAUCCAGACGUAGCAGAUGUACAUGGAUAUACUGCCCUUGCUGCGGCUGCUAUGAAUUUCCACAAUGACAUCAUCAACCUUCUUCUUGAUAAUGGAGCUGACGUGAAUAAAUGCAGUGAUGAAGGGUUGUCUGCAUUGUCUAUGUGCAUUAUCCAUUAUUUCCCAGUUCAGUCAUUCAAAGUCAAUAUUGCGGAAAGGAGCCCCAUUCAGAAAGAGGCAGCAGGUACUCCAGAAGAAACUUCUUCAAGAUCUCCAUCAAUAUCCCAGAGAUCAGAUGUAUCUCUGCUAUUUCCAGAUAGUCCUGAAUAUAAGUUUUCCUCUCCUACUGCUCCUACAUCUCCUGCAGUACCUCCUGCGAGGACAGAAUGUGGCACGGAAGCGGAGGCAAGGUCGUCGGAGGAAACAGAGUGUACUCUCGGUGAAAAGAGCUCUGGGACAAUCUGUGGCGUUUACAACUACAAGAUUAAGUUUUCUGUGGAAAUCAUGAAGCGUGGUGCAGAUGUGCUUAGUCACCAUAUGCUAAAAGUGUCUGACUUCUCCAACAGUAAGGAGAUUCUUCAGCAUGAUGGCAUUCUGAGACGAUUGGCGGCAUCAAUAACAGAGCAGAAAAAGAGAAUGGCUACAAUCAAAUUGCUCCUGAAAAGAGGUGCAGAUCCCAAUAUGUGCUGUAUCCCUAUGUAUGUCCUCUUCUUUGCUGUUAAAGCUGCAGAUGCAAAAGUAGUGAAAUUACUUCUAGAAGCUGGAGCAAGAACUGAUAUACGGCUGCCAACUAAACUUGGAGGUGCAACUCCUCUUCAUAUCGCUGUUGCCCUUCCUCUUGAUGAAGGGGUUGAAAUAACAGAACUACUGCUUCAUUCUGCUACAGACCCAGACGUAAAGGCAGAAGAUGAAAAUGAUGUGUUCACGCUAGACAUGCCUCCUGAGAAUGAGGUUACAGAAGCACCAUCUAUGAUUAAAAUGUUCAAUGAAACUGGACCACCUAAAAUGUACUACAGAGAAUGUACCAUUAAACCCGAGGAAGGUGGGAGAACUCCUCUCCAUAUUGCUUGUGAGAGGAAGGAUAAUUUUAAGAAUGCAGCUCAAAUUGUUCGCCUUCUUUUAGAACACAGUGCAAACCCAAAUGUCCUGUGGAGUGGCCAUUCUCCUCUUUCAUUGGCUAUUGCUACUGGAAAUGAUCAGGCAGUGGCUGAGCUUCUAGCUGGUGGAGCUGAUCCAAAUCUCCCAUUAAGCCAGCCUAUUGGAAGUGCCUUGUGUGCUGUUACUAAUCCUGCAUAUGAACAAAAUCGAUCAUUUCUAAACAAAAUGACUUUGAUUAAUACUCUGCUAGCAGCUGGUGCAGAUAUGUUAAUGCCAAUUACUAUUGGGGAUGAGACAAGAAAUGCAGUGGGAACAGUAGUGGACUAUACGCAUAACAAAUAUUACCAGGAUAAAAGAAUGCUGCACACCCCCUACCAUGCUCUUUCCCCAAUAGAGCGGGAACAUUUUAGUGCUCGGCGAAAAUUGCUUGAGUUUUUGAGUGAUAAGCUUCGGGAGGCUGUCAUUUUGAAAGAAAAGCAAUGGGAUAGAGAGGAACUUCGAAAAUUAAAGUUUGCAGCGAAAAGGAAAUCUACAGUGGGAGGAGGACUCGUGUCAGAAACAGAAGCAUCAAAGUUGCCCUUCUUUAAAUAUUGCUACCACUGUGGGCGAUCCGUUGGUGUGAAUCUCGUACCUUGCUCACGCUGUUAUGAAACCUACAGCUGCAGCAAGUCCUGUAAAUUGAAGUCUUGGAACGAACGUCAUAAACGGGAAUGUCUACAAGCAGAUGAUGCAUCGCCUGUUGAGUCAGAUGACGAUUUCCCAUCUCAGGUGUCAUCGCGGCUGCGUAGGCAAAAAGGCAGAGGAACUUCCCCAUCGAAAAAGGAGGGAAAGGAAAGCAAGGAGGCAGCACUCGCCAGACAUAAAAAACUGUUGGACGAGAGGAAGAAAAAAGAAGGGAAGUUCAAAGACGAUGGAUCCCGGCGAAAGCCUGAGAAGAGUAGCAGUGUGGCAGAUCUCCCUUAUACCGGGAACUAUAGUUACAUUUAAAUGCUGUGGCUUUGUCCUGAUGUAAUUUGAUUUGGGAAAUGCUAUAUAAGGAAGGUAGGAAAAAGGAUACAUAGAAGAUAAAACAGGAGCAGUCUUACUGUAUGUGCUGAAAACCACUUACUGCGGUUAUGAAGCAAUGCCCAGUAAUCCCCUUCAUGGAUUAAGUACUGAAAUGUCCAGCUUUCAAAAGUCAAUUCGAUACAGUUAUGAAACAAAUCCUUUUCACAUUGUAAAAAAAGAGAAAGAAAUGUAUCAACAGUUCACCAGGCAUUGGCUUGGGAUUCCGUGGUGGUCUUCUAAAGCUGGAGUAUAGGAUUGGAAAGGUCCUCUGUAUUUUUGAAUCACUAUUCUAUCUUCCUAUAUAUUCUCCCUUUUAGCAUGGUAUUAUGUGUAAAUAGGGUCAUUGCUUCUUGGUUGUUGUCUGGUGUGCUACUCAGUCACCAUAACAGAAUUUGCCUGACAACUGGAGAUACCGUUUCCUUGGAAAGACAAGAUGGUUGUCUUUUUUAUCUGUGUCUCAAGUUAUAGAGUUAUACAAGUUACCCAAGUUAUAUAUAACUAUUUUUGGUUGAAAGUACACUUGAGCAAAAAGUGGGUGGGAGAGAAUCUUCUUGUAGAUUCUGUGGGGAUAUGAAUAGAUCUGAUCCAGUAAGGUCCUAGACCAGUGGUUCUCAACCUGUUUGUCCCCAGGUGUUUUGGCCUCCAACUUCCAGAAACCCCAGCCUGUUUACCAGCUGUUAUGAUUUCUGGGAGUUGAAGGCCAAAACAUCUGAGGACCCACAGGUUGAGAACUACUCUCCUAGAUACAUUCAGUUCCCAGUCCUUAAUCCUGUGAGCUUUUAUUGACUUCAGGAUCAAAACCCUACCAAUAUGAGAGAUGUAACAGAAGUUCAGUUGAAAAAAAUGUAAUAUUAUUGUUGUCAAAGGCUUUCACAGCCGGAAUCAUUGGGGUGUUGUGUGGUUUCUGGACUGUAUGGCUGUGUUCUAAUAGCAUUUUCUCCUGACGUUUCACCUACAUCUGUGACUGGCAGCUUCAGAGGAUCCUCUGAAUAUG